AUGGCGGACUCGGGCAGGCCGGUCGAUAGAUCGCCCCUCAAGACGAAGGUCGUCCGCUCCCAGAAGAUCGUACCCAGCUCGACGACGAGCUCGACGCCUAGCACGGCCACCGCGACCACAGCCACGACCACGACCACGACCACCACCGACGACUACUCGGACGAGUCCACCGACCGAAGCCCUCUGCCUCGCAGCCACACCCCAGGUCACCUCGCCAGCAAGUCUGUCGCCAGCCCUGGGCAGCAAUCUCGACGCGUCACGUCCGAGCUCAGGCAGCGCUCCCAAUCCGCUUCACAAACACCCACGCGGCCCUCCACGAGCACCGGCAGCACGCCCCGGCCGCCGCCCCCAGCCGUCGACGCCGACAAUCAUCAUGGCAAGGACAAAAACGCCCUCCCCAUCCGGCCCGCCACCAGCGUACCGAGCCAGCACGCCUCUCUCCAUCCCGCCACGCCCGUCCCCCGAGCCCUGACCAGCGUCGCCCGCCCACCAAGGGGCACCUACUCGCCUCAUCCACCGCUCCAACGCCCCAGCGACGGGCCCGAUGUCCUGCCCGCCCCCGCGUCGGGCAUGUACUGGUCCAAGGCCCUGACCUCCGGCACCCCCGUGCCCUCGCUGCGCGCCCACACGACCACCCUCAUCGGCUCCAACAUCUACGUCUUUGGCGGCUGCGACUCGCGCGCGUGCUUCAACGACCUCUACGUCCUCGACGCCGACGCCUUCUACUGGUCCCGCCCACCCGUCGUCGGCGACAUCCCCAUGCCCCUGCGCGCCAUGACCUGCACCGCCGUCGGCAAGAAGCUCGUCGUCUUUGGCGGCGGCGACGGCCCGGCCUACUACAACGACAUUUACGUCCUCGACACGGUCAACUUUCGCUGGUCACGGCCCCGCGUCGUCGGCGACAAGGUCCCCUCCAAGCGACGCGCCCACACCGCCUGCCUCUACAAGAAUGGCAUCUACAUCUUUGGCGGCGGCGACGGCGUCCGCGCCCUCAACGACGUCUGGCGCCUCGACGUCAGCGACAUGUCCAAGAUGUCCUGGAAGCUCAUCUCGAGCGCGGACAGGACACCACCGCCCGGCACAAAGGACGUCCGACCACGCGCCCGCGGCUACCACACCGCCAACAUGGUCGGCAGCAAGCUCAUCAUCUUUGGCGGCUCGGACGGCGGCGAGUGCUUCGACGACGUCUGGGUGUACGACGUCGAGGAGCACAUCUGGAAGGCCGUCUCGAUCCCGGUCAACUUUCGCCGCCUGUCGCACACGGCGACCAUUGUCGGCUCGUACCUCUUUGUGGUCGGCGGCCACGACGGAAAAGAGUACUCCAACGACGUGCUGCUGCUCAACCUCGUGACCAUGACGUGGGACAAGCGCAAGACGUACGGCCGCGCGCCCACCGGACGGGGCUACCAUGGCGCGCUGCUGUAUGACAGCCGGCUGAUCCUCGUCGGUGGCUUUGACGGGAGCGAGGUGUACAGGGACGUCAUGAUCCUCGAGCUGGCGGUGCAUGCGUACUACUCGCAGAUCAGCCACUUUACGAUUGAGGUCUGA